AUGGACCUCCGCCAGUACCUUGUCGCACCGUAUGAGCAGAGUCCGCAGCCCCAGCAGUAUGAAGAAGUCUUGACGCGCGAACAGGUCGUCAGAGGCCUGGCCGCUCAUCCAGAUCUCCUAGCCUCCAUCAUCAGAAGCGGCAGCACAUCUCCCCCUCCCGCCCUUACUACCCCUCCUGUCCCCACCAGUCCCAGAGUAGGAAGCCACGGUAGCAAGAGAUCUCAAGAUCUUGUUCCAUUCGCCCCCAUGUCCGGCCCGGGUACAACCAACGACGACUCUCCGGUCCCUCCCGCCAUAAAGGCUCCAAGCAUCCUGGCCGCCAGUCCAACUCCCACCCACACCUCCCCCACUACCCUAAACAACCAAAACCGCCUUCGCAAACAAGAACGAUACGCCAAAAGAAAAGCAACCAUCUUUGCCCACGCCGAAACCCGCAGAACCAGGCAAAAUGCCAAGUAUCUGGAUGCCAUCCCAUAUCUCAACAAUGAUGUCCCUUAUGGCACAAGCUGCGAUGUUACGACCAAGAGCCGUGUUUGCUUCUUCUGGUAUCAUGGUCUUUGCACUAAGAAGGGCAAGGAGUGUAGGGAUGCGCAUGUUUUGAUGGAGAUACCGGGGUUUGUGCAGCCACCUGAGGGAUUCGUGCAUCAGGAGAAGUGUCUGAGGGAUUGGUGUCCUGGAGAUUGGAUGUGGGAGCAUGAUCCUGAUGCUCUUGAUGUCGCUGAAGCUCUCGACACUGCUGAAGACGUUCCUGGCUUUGCUGAGGAGGAAGACUUCGAAAUGUUCGAUGGCGAGGACAUGGAUAUGUGA